UCAUUUUUAUUUUAUUUUGAUUUGCGCAAUACACUUAUAAAAUGGCACUUGGCCCUGGUUCUGCUUUAAAAACCACUUCUGUUUUGCAACAGCUUUUAGAGGAAAUAAAUUUUCAAAGAACUAAAGAAAUGAGACAACUUCUAAAAGAUGAUUCUGGAUUUGUAAUUUUGCAAGGCACAACAUAUUGGACAGAUUUAUUUGUUCGUCAUUUCUUAUUCCAAACAGAGCAGCAAAAUCAUGAUUGUGAUGAUUUAUUAUUUUUGUUAGGAAAAAAACAUGUUAAAGGCACAUCUAGGUGUCAUCCUAAAUUUGAGACCGAUGUAGAUGUUUUUCGCAAAGAUUCUCGAAAACUACCUAUUGGUGAUCCUGAUAUGAUUUGGGAAGAAACUGUUUAUUUAAACUUAGUCAUUCAGUUUGAUUAUACUUUGACGCUUGAUUGUACUAGAACAUCACCUAAGGAGUUACAAGUUCUGAAAAGACAUUCUCAGAAGGUUUAUGCCUCACCAAGCAGACGUAAAAUGGACACCAAAGGGAAGGUGAAGAAAAGACUACUACCACACAUUUGUUUUAUGGUUGAUAAUUUUGAUGAAGUUUUCUGUGAUAUUCUUGUUCGUGAUGGUGAAAUGGUCUGUGUAGAAUUAGUUGCUAGAGAUAGAGAUGGUUCUGUACAAGGUGUCAUAUUUCUUGGUUCAAUCAGAUAUGAUGCACUGAAGAAAGUGUAUGAUGCCAGACAAUCUAGUCUUAGUACCAAAGUAGCGCAGCGUAUGACAUUUGGUCUAUUUUCGAACUCGGCUACGCAACGUUGUGAAUUUGUUCGAAUGAAAGGUCCUCAGGGCAAAGGACAUGCAGAGAUGGCUGUCACAAAACCUCGGGGAUCAGGAGUAGAAACACCCACUAGCGAACCCGGAUUUUGUAUAACUGAUGGCUGGGAUGAAUGGGAUGAGAAUCCGGAAGAAUUUUACAAUUAUAGACAUCAGAGAAGGUGA